CCCUUCUGAGCUUAGAAUAGAUGAGAGAUGUAAUGUUUGUCUCUGUUGUGUUGAAGACCAAUCCAGCAGGAGAGACCAGCCUCCCUGUUCCCAGCUGUGUGUCCAUGAAGAGUGACCGGUCUAUGGAUCGUCCUCUAAACUUUAGUGAGGGAGACUUUUCUACUGAACAAAGACCAAUCCAGCAGGAGAGACCAGCCUCCCCUGUUCCCAGCUGUGUGUCCAUGAAGAGUGACCGGUCUAUGGAUCGUCCUCUAAACUUUAGUGAGGGAGACUUUUCUACUGAACAAAGUGGAUGGUCUACUCUGCCAGAGGAUCCGUCCAGGUGUGCAGUGUGUCAGCAGGUGCUGAGGGAUCCAGUCUCUAUCACCUGUGGACACAGGUUCUGCAGACAGUGCAUCACCAGAUACUGGGAGAAACCUGCUCCUUCAGGAGACUAUGACUGUCCUCGGUGUAGAAAGAGAUCCAGGACACGUCCUGUACUACAGCACCUGAGUGAACCCAAUGAUGCAAGAGGCUCUGAAAACAUGGAUGACAGCCUGCAGAGAGCUGUAGUAAACCAUAAAGACAGUCUGCAGAGAGCUGUAGUAAACCAUGAAGACAGUCUGCAGAGAGCUGUAGUAAACCAUGAAGACAGUCUGCAGAGAGCUGUAGUAAACCAUAAAGACAGUCUGCAGAGAGCUGUAGUAAACCAUAAAUACAGUCUGCAGAGAGCUGUAGUAAACCAUGAAGACAGUCUGCAGAGAGCUGUAGUAAACCAUGAAGACAGUCUGCAGAGAGCUGUAGUAAACCAUGAAGACAGUCUGCAGAGAGCUGUAGUAAACCAUGAAGACAGUCUGCAGAGAGCUGUAGUAAACCAUGAAGACAGUCUGCAGAGAGCUGUAGUAAACCAUGAAGACUGUCUGCAGAGAGCUGUAGUAAACCAUGAUGACAGUCUGCAGAGAGCUGUAGUAAACCAUGAAGACAGUCUGCAGAGAGCUGUAGUAAACCAUGAAGACAGUCUGCAGAGAGCUGUAGUAAACCAUAAAGACAGUCUGAGAAGGAGGUAUGAAUGUGUGAUAGAAGGCAUCGAAACAGCAGGGACUCAAACUCCCCUUAACAGGAUUUACACAGAGCUCUACAUCACAGAAGGAGAGAGUGAAGCGGUUAACAAUGAACAUGAGGUGUGGCAGCUAGAGACAGCAUCCAGGACACCAACCUCACAUGACACAGCAAUCCACUGCAAUGACAUCUUUAAACCCUUAGCUGGCCAAGAGAGACGCAUCAGAACUGUGCUGACGAAGGGCAUCGCUGGCAUCGGAAAAACAGUCUCUGUGCAGAAGUUCAUCCUAGACUGGGCUGAAGGGAAGGCUAAUCAAGAUGUGGAGAUCAUAUUUGUGCUUCCUUUCCGGGAGCUGAACUUGAUCAAAGAUCGCCAGUACAGUCUUCUCAGACUUUUAAAUGACUUCCACACAGAACUAGACAAAGGCAAUGCAGAGAAACUCACUGCCUGUAAAACUAUGUUCAUCUUGGAUGGUUUGGAUGAAAGCAGAUUUCCAUUGGAUUUCCAGCACAAUGAAAAGGUGUCUGAUGUCACCCAGACAUCAUCUCUUGAUGUUCUGCUGACAAAUCUCAUCAAGGGGAAUCUGCUUCCCUCUGCUCUCCUAUGGAUAACCUCCCGACCAGCAGCAACCAAUCAGAUCCCCCCUCAGUGUGUUGACCAGGUGACAGAGGUACGAGGGUUCAAUGACCCACAGAAGGAGGAGUACUUCAGGAAGAGAUUCAGUGAUGAGGACCUGGCCAGCAGAAUCAUCUCACACAUAAAGACAUCAAGGAGCCUCCACAUCAUGUGCCACAUUCCAGUCUUCUGUUGGAUUUCUGCAAUAGUCCUUGAACACAUGUUGAGUACAGACAAGAGGAGAGAGAUGCCCACGACUCUGACUGAGAUGUCCAUACACUUCCUGCUCAUUCAGACCAGCCUGAAGAACCAGAAGUAUCAUGGAAGAGAUGAGAUGGAUCAAGAGGAGCUCAUGGAGUCAGAUAAGGAAAUUCUUCUGAAGCUGGGGAAGCUGGCGUUUAAAAAUCUGGAGAAGGGUAAUCUGAUGUUCUAUGAAGAAGACCUGAAAGAGGCUGGCCUUGAUGUCAAAGAAGCUUCAGUGUACUCAGGAGUGUGCACACAAAUCUUUAAAGAAGAGUCUGUGUUAUUUCAGAGAGUGGUGUACUGCUUUGUUCAUCUGAGCAUUCAGGAGUUUCUCUCAGCUGUCUACAUGUACCAUUGUUACACAACCAGGAACAUGGAUGCACUGAAGCCCUUCCUCAAGAGAAAGUCUAGAGGUGCGUCUGAAGAGCUAACUUUGGAUGAGCUGCUGAAGAGUGCCGUGGAUAAAGCCUUGGAGAGUAAGAAUGGACACCUGGACCUUUUUGUCCGCUUCCUUCAUGGCAUGUCACUGGCAGCCAAUCAGAAACUCCUACGAGGUCUGGUGACACAGACAGAAAGCAGUCCAGAGAGCGUCAAGAAAACAAUCCGAUCCCUGAAGGUGAUGCAGAGGAAGAACAUCUCCCCUGAGAGGUGCAUCAAUCUCUUCCACUGUCUGAUAGAGAUGAAAGACCAUUCAGUACAGAAAGUAAUCGAAGUGUACUUGAGGUCAGAGAACAGAUCCAAAAACCUCUCCCUUGCUCAGUGUUCAGCGCUGGCCUACAUGCUGCAGAUAUCAGAGGAGGUUCUGGAUGUGUUUGACCUGAAGGAAUAUAAGACAUCAGAGGAGGGUCGUAGGAGACUGGUCCCAGCUGUGAGAGGCUGCAGGAAAGCUCUACUCAUUGGCUGUAAACUCACAGACACAUCCUGUGAAGUGUUGGCCUCAGUUCUCAGUUCAAACCCCUCACACCUGAGAGAGCUGGAUCUGAGUAACAACGACCUGAAGGAUUCAGGAGUGAAGCUGCUCUCUGCUGGACUGGGGAAUCCCCACUGUAAACUGGAGACUCUGAGGCUGUCAGGCUGUCUAGUUACAGAGGAAGGCUGUGCUUCUCUGGUCUCAGCUCUGGAGUCAAACCCCUCACACCUGAGAGAGCUGGACCUGAGCUACAAUCACCCAGGAGACUCAGGAGUCAGACUGCUCUCUGCUGGACUGGAGGAUCCACACUGCAGACUGGAGAAACUCAAUGUGGAACAUGGUGGAGAGAACACAAUGAAACCUGGACUUAGAAAAUAUGUCUGUGAUCUCACACUGGACCCAAACACAGUAAACAGACACCUCUCUCUGUCUGAGGAGAACAGAAAGGUGACAUGGAGGACAGAGGAGCAGCCGUAUCCUGAUCACCCAGAGAGAUUUGAGGACUGUGGACAGGUGCUGUGCAGAGAGGGUCUGACUGGGCGCUGUUACUGGGAGGUAGAGUGGAGUGGGAGGGGGGCUGAUAUAGGAGUGACAUAUAAAGGAAUCAACAGGAGAGGAGGGGUUAAUGACUGUUGGCUUGGAUGGAAUGACAAGUCCUGGAGUCUGUUCUGCUCUGACAACAGUUACGCUGCCUGUCACAAUAAUAAUCCCACUACCAUAGACGUCCCCCCCUCCAGCUCCCACAGAGUAGGAGUGUAUCUGGACUGGCCAGCCGGCACUCUGUCCUUCUAUAGAGCCUCCUCUGACACACUGACCCACCUGUACACAUUCACCUCCACAUUCACUGAGCCCCUCUAUCCAGGGUUUGGGGUUUGGGAUGACUCCUCAGUGUCCCUGAAAUAAUAACCUGACACACACAUACACACACUGGACUCACGAACACACACACACAUACUGGACAAAAACACACACACACACACUGGACAUCACACACACACACACACUGGACUCACACACACCCACACACACUGGACUCACACACACACACACUGGACUCACACACACACACACACUCUCACUCACACACACUGAACACACACUGGACUCACACACACACACACACACACUGGACCGACACACACACCCUGAACACACACACAUAAACACACACUGGAAACACACACACACUGGACGCACACUCACAUUGCACACACACACACUGGACAAACACACACACUGGGCAAAGACACACACACACACACACUGGGCAAAGACACACACACACACACACAAUUGGACACACACACACACUGAACACACACACACACACACACUGAACACACACUGGACUCACACAUACACACACACACUGGACUCACACACACACACUGCACUCACACACACACACUUGACUCACACACACACACACACACACACACACACACACACACACACACACACACUGGACUCACUCACACACACACACCCUGAACACACACUGGACUCACUCACACACACACACACACACACACACACUGGACCGACACACACACCCUGAACACACACACACACUGGACACACUCACAUAAACACACACUGGACACACAAACACACACUGGACAAACAAACACACACACACACUGGACAAACAAACACACACACACAGGACAAAUACACACACACACACACACACACACACACACACACACACACACACACACACACACACAGGACAAACACACACACUCUGGAUACACACACACUGGACAAACACACACUGGACAAAUACACACACACACACACACACAGUGGACACACACAGGACAAAUACACACACACACACACAAUUGGACACACACACACUGAACACACACACUGAACACACACACACUGGACACACACACACUGCACACACACUGGACUCACUCACACACACACACCCUGAACACACACUGGACUCACUCACACACACACACACACACACACACACACACACACACACACACACACACACACACACACACACACACACACUGGACAGACACACACAAUGGACAGACACACACACUGAACACACACACACUGGGCAAAGACACACACACACACUGGACAGACACAUACACACUGAACACACACACACUGAACACACACACACUGGACAGACACACACACACUGAACACACACACACUGAACACACACACACUGGGCAAAGACACACACACACUGAACACACACACACACACACACUGGACAAGCACACAAACACAGACACACACACACUGAACACACACACACGCUAGACACACACACACACACACUGGACACAAACACACACACACACUGGACACAAACACACACACACUGAACACACACACACACACACACACACACUAGACACACACAGACACUGGACACACACACACACACACACACACUGAACACACACACACACACUGAACACACACACACACACACACUAGACACACACACACACACAUUGAACACACACACUAGACACACACACACAAACACUAAACACACACACACACUGAACACACACACUGAACACACACACACACACACACUGAACACACACACUAGACACACACACACACACACACACUGAACACACACACUGAACACACACACACACUGAACACACACACACACACACACACAUGCUGGACAAACACACACACUGGACUCACAAACACACACACACAUACUGGACAAACACACACACACACAUACACACACUGAACACACACACACACACACACACACACACUGAACACACACACACGCACACACUAGACACACACACACACACUGAACACACACACACGCACACACUAGACACACACACACUCACUGAACACACACACACACUGAACACACACACACACACACUGGACAAACACACACAUGCUGGACAAACACACACACUGGACACAAACAAACACACACACGCUAGACACACACACACACACACACUGGACAAACACACAAACACACACACUAGACACAAACAAACACACACACGCUGGACAGACACACACACACACACACACACUGGACAGACACACACACACACACACACUGGACAGACACACACACACACACACACACUGGACAGACACGCACACACUGAACACACACACUGAACACACACACUGAACACACACACUGAACACACACACACUGGAUAGAGACACACACACAGUGGACAGACACACACACACACUGGACAAACACAUACACACUGAACACACACACUGGGCAAAGACACACACACACACACACACACACACACACACACACACACACAAAAUUGGACACACACACACACUGGACAAACACACAAACACAGACCCACACACACUGAACACACACACACACACACACUGGACAAAAACACACACACACUGGACAAACACAAACACACACACACACACACACUGGACACAAACACACACACUGAACAUACACACACUGGGCAAAGACACACAUGCUAGACACACACACACACACACACACACACACACACUGGACAAGCACACAAACACAGACACACACACACUGAACACACACACACACACACACUGGACACAAACACACACACACUGAACACACACACACACACACUGGGCAACGACACACACACACAAUUGGACACACACACACACACACACACACUGAACACACACACACACUGAACACACACACACACACUAGACACACACAGACACUGGACACACACACACACACACACACACACACACUGAACACACACACACACACUAGACACACACAGACACUGGACACACACACACACACACACACACACACUGAACACACACACACACACUGAACACACACACACACACACUAGACACACACACACACACACUGAACACAAACACACACAUGCUGGACAAACACACACACUGGACUCACAAACACACACACAUACUGGACAAACACACACACACACACACACACACACACACACACUGGACAAACACACACACUCUUCUUCCUAAAAUUGUGACCUUGACCCAGGACCUCUUACAAUAACAUGUAUUUUAUGUUGAAUAACAAAUUGUACAAUUAUAUACAAUUAUAUAUGGACAUACGCUCCAUAGUUGUACAAGUAUACAAGGAUAUAUUGUACUUUUCAUAAUAAAACAUACUUGAAAUAAGAAAA